UAUAAUUUGGUACCCCAAAGACCAAAGUAGUGUCCUAUAGCCCCAUUACUCCCUCUCUCUGUCAAGUACUCUGCUCUAUAUCUUCUUUAUACCCCUUUGUCUGUUAAGUACUCCGUUCUGUUCUCUGCUCAAAAAAGAACCAAGAAAAUGGGUGCUCUUGAUUUCCUUUCAGAUUACUUCUCAGUUUCCACCCCAAAAAAGAAACGCAAACCAAUGCAGACAGUUGAAAUCAAAGUGAAAAUGGACUGUGAUGGCUGUGAAAGAAGAGUUCGGAAUUCUGUUUCCAACAUGAAAGGUGUGAAGGAAGUAGAGGUGAAUAGAAAGCAAAGCAAGGUAACAGUGACUGGUUACGUGGAUAGAAACAAGGUCCUAAAGAAAGUGAAGAGCACAGGAAAGAGAGCAGAGUUUUGGCCAUAUAUUCAAUAUAACUUGGUGGCAUAUCCUUAUGUUGCGCAGGCAUAUGACAAGAAGGCACCCUCUGGAUAUGUGAAAAACGCUGACCAAGCACUCCCCAACCCAAAUUCAGAGGAUGAGAAGCUCACCUCUCUCUUCAGUGAUGAUAAUCCUAAUGCAUGUUCAAUCAUGUAAGGCUCUAGAAAUCCACUAGAUCAAGGGCUUGCAAUUUCAUACUUAAGCUGUGCCUUCCCUUAACGACUAGGAACCAAGUUCUGCUAAUGGCUUAGAAUACAAGUUAGGAGAAUAGAAGUGGGAAAUUUAUGUUUGUGUUUACGUGGGCGAUCGUUGUGAUAGUUAUGUUUAAUUAUUCACCACUGUUGUUCUUCAUGAUGACCACCCUGUACAGACGACUUUUUUAUAUUUAUGCACCAGGGUUUUUAGCAUAUGUACCGAGUUUAAACCUUAUAAUUAAUUAAAGCCACUAGGAUUUGAACAAUUGUGAGUAGUUUAGAUAGUUUGUAUUAGGUUAUGUGUAUAAAAAGAACCUUAUGCUUAAUUGGGAAUAAUAUAAGUCGUU